GCGCGCUACCCCUUGUGUGUUUUAAUGGUGGAUUGAGGCUCAUCGGUUCCCUAACUGAAGUUACCGGGAGCUCUCGGCAGGCCGGGCGGUGUCUGGGGGAUGAAGCUGAGCUGACGACUCGGGUCGAAGGCCCUUCGUCUUCCAGACUGUUCCCGCUUCCACCGUGAGGUGGGACCGCCUGAACCGUGAGGCCUCGGAGCCCGGCUCCGGCCCUUAGCCGGGGUGAACUGUCCGCUUCCUCGGCUUUGGCCUCUAAGGCGAAGGAUCCCUCCUGGCCAAAGGGAGUGAAAUGUUGCAGGAAGAUUCUCAUGAAAAGCUUACAGCUACAAGUUGCUGAUACUCUGAUUUGAAGCUGAGGUCUUCAACCUUGAGUUGGCGAAGUGUUGAGGUGUUAAUUGCAUUGGUGUACAGAAGUUCCAAUGGGACGCAGGAAAUCGAAGAGAAAGCCUCCCACCAAGAAGAAAGUGCUUGGCACACUAGAAACACAGUUCACUUGUCCAUUCUGUAACCAUGAAAAGUCAUGUGAUGUUAAGAUGGAUCGUGCACGGAACACUGGUAUCAUAUCCUGCACCGUAUGUUUAGAAGAAUUCCAGACGCCAAUAACAUAUCUGUCCGAGCCAGUGGAUGUAUACAGUGAUUGGAUUGAUGCCUGUGAAGCAGCAAAUCAGUAGUUUUGCCUUGAGUACUGUUUUACUUCAAGGUGCUUUUUGUUCUUUGUUUUGCUGACUGUAAAUAAUUGAUGUGGAAUCUUCUGUAAUGCUUUGGAUGGUUUUCAGGCUGUUAUUAAAAGUUGAGAAUUCUUCCAUUCA